AUGAAUACAUCAACGCCUCAAAUGCCGCACUUUAGCAACGUAGUGCAACCUUACCUCGAAAACGGAGACAGGGAUUACUUGGCGCAGGUUUUACAACACUGGAGUCCCGCAAUCGACACAAGCCACCACAUCGGUGAGGCCCUACACGAAGCCAUAUUGCAAAAUGACGAGACUGCAGUCCGGAUGAUACUUGAUGCUGGCGGGGACCCAAAUGUGCAACAGAACGGUGAUCCCGUCGGUCCCAACGGACGCUUCUACCCUAGCAAAAGACCCAAUCUCUCCUGUCUUCAGGUGGCUGCUCGAAAUGGCCAUGUGGAAUUGGUAGCCUACUUACUGGACGUAUGGAACGGCUGGACUGACGAUGAGAAGCACCGGGCGGUAUAUGACGCUGCGUCGUCAUGGUGUGAUGACGUUGUGGCUUUGUUGUUAGCCAAGGUUGACUGCCCUCCCGAUAUCGUCCAAGGUGCUCUUGAAGAGGUGGUCAGAAGGAAGUUGAUCCUACCUGAGGAUCCCAUGAAGCCACCUCCUAGAGCGGAGGACUACGUGUACCAACAGCGCGUAGUUCAUCGACUCAUCGAUGCUGGUGCAAACCCAGACACAACGAACGGACGACCGCCCAACCAGCCUCUACUCCACACGGCCUGCCUAUCAGUCGGUUGCAUUGGCGCCAUAAGAGGGCUUUUGGAGAAGGGAGGAAAUGCCAAUGCUCAAGACGCACGCGGCCGGAGCGCCCUCCAGUGUCUGGUGAGCAGACCGCCCAUAUCGACUGACGCGGUACGGAUCCUUUUGCAGCACGGCGCAUUGAUCGAGAUGACUGGUGAAGCUGGAGAGACACUUUUGCACCGCGUCGCACAAAUUGGAACCGUUGAGCAGUUAAAUCUGUUUGUCUCGUACUCUGAUGAUCCAGACACCGCCAUUCGGUCGGUUACACUACACGGCGAAUCACUUCUACAUUACGCUGCAGCCGGAGGGCGAGAAGACGUGGUCGACUUCCUGCUCACUCGUGGUCUGGACGUCAAUUUAGCUACUAGCAACGGCUGGACGCCAUUGCUAUGCGCUCUAUCCCCGACGAAUGCAAAGAGGCAACAGAUUUUGUACCGCCUAGCAAACACCCUACUUCAGCGGGGUGCCAAUGCCCACGUCGUGACGGCCGAAGGAUGGACCCCGCUUCACGCUUUGGCAACGUGGCCUACCCCUUUCUCAGCCCGGGACCAAGAGGCGAGGAAAGCGGCUGCGCCGCUUGUCCAAGAGCUCAUCUCGGGCGGCGGGCCCGUUGAUACCGAAUCGAUCGUUAUCCAGAGCCCGUCUCUUGCCCCAAACAAGCUGCGGGAUGUAUGGGGGUUCCGCAUGCAGAAGUUCGUUGAGGAUCUUGCCAUACCGAUACGGGAUCUGGAGGGCAUGAGCGCCGAUACUACACCGCUAAUGUGGGCGAUGCGAAGCAAUGCGAUAGAUAUCUUUGAGAUGAUCAGGGCGCAUCUGGACUCAACCAGAGGCGAUGGAGGCAACUAG